GGCGCCCGUGUGAGCCGCGGCGGCGGAGCGGGGAUGGUGGGCGCCGCGCUGCCCUGAGCGGUGGCGGGACGUCCCCCGCUCGCCGGAGCCGCUGUCCCGCCGGAGACCAUGGUGCCCGGAGCCUUUCUGUGCGUGGGGCUGGCGCUGAGCGUGUGGGGCCGCGCGGCCGGCUGCCCGCACAAGUGUACCUGCAGCGCCGCCGCCGUGGACUGCCACGGCCUGGGGCUGCGAGCCGUGCCGAGGGACGUGCCCCGGAGCGCCGAGAGACUUGAUUUAGAAAAAAAUAAUAUCACAAGAAUUGCUAAGACAGACUUUUCUGGGCUGAAGAACCUCCGUGUUUUGCAUUUGGAAGAAAAUCAAAUCAGUGUGAUAGAACGUGGAGCUUUUCAGGAUCUAAAGCAACUUGAACGGCUGCGUCUGAACAAGAAUAAAUUACAGGUACUUCCUGAGCUGCUUUUCCAGAAUACACAGAAGUUAACCAGAUUAGAUCUAAGUGAAAACCAGAUAAAAGGAAUCCCCAGAAAGGCCUUUCGAGGAAUCAUCGAUGUGAAGAACUUGCAACUGGACAACAACCAGAUCAGCUGCAUUGAAGAUGGAGCCUUCAGAGCCCUGCGUGACUUGGAGAUUCUUACUCUCAACAAUAACAACAUCACCCGCAUCCCUGUUACCAGCUUCAACCAUAUGCCAAAGAUCAGGACACUGCGGCUUCACACAAAUUUCCUGCAUUGUGAUUGCCACCUGGCGUGGCUGUCUGACUGGCUGCGUCAGAGGCGCACUAUUGGGCAGUUCACGUUCUGUGUAACACCUGGGAACAUGCGGGGUCAGCUUGUGGUGAAUGUUCAGAAGAAGGACUUUGUCUGCUCUGGUUCCCAGUCUGAGCCACCAUCCUGCAGUGCCAGUUCCAUCACUUGCCCAUCUGCUUGCACCUGUAGCAACAAUGUUGUGGACUGUCGAGGAAAAGGCUUAACAGAAAUUCCUGCUAACCUACCAGAGGAUAUUUGGGAAAUACGCUUGGAACAGAACUUCAUCAAAGCCAUUCCCCCAGGAGCUUUUUCGCAGUACAAGAGACUUAAGAGAAUAGACAUCAGCAAGAAUCAAAUAUCUGACAUUGCUCCUGAUGCAUUCAAAGGCUUGAAAUCUCUCAACUCAUUAGUGCUCUAUGGAAACAAGAUCACAGAGAUUCCCCUGGGCCUUUUUGAUGAUCUUGUCUCUUUGCAGUUGCUGCUUCUCAAUGCCAAUAAGAUCAACUGCCUGAGGGUAAACACGUUCCAAGGUCUGCAUAAUCUCAACCUGUUAUCUCUUUAUGACAACAAACUACAGACCAUCAGUAAAGGGCUCUUUGCACCUCUCCGAUCGAUCGAGACUCUACAUUUAGCUCAGAAUCCAUUUGUGUGCGACUGCCAUUUGAAGUGGCUGGCUGAUUACCUGAAGAAUAAUCCGAUAGAAACCAGCGGCGCUCGAUGCAGCAAUCCGCGUCGCCUUGCCAACAAACGAAUCGGUCAGAUCAAGAGCCACAAGUUCCGCUGCUCAGGUUCAGAGGAUUUCAGAAGUAAAUUCAGUGGAAAGUGCUUCAUGGACCUUGUCUGUCCUGAAAAGUGUCGCUGCGAGGGAACAAUUGUGGACUGUUCCAACCAAAAACUUAGCCGAUUACCCAGUUACCUUCCUGAAUAUACAACAGACCUGCGUCUCAAUGACAAUGAUAUCUCAGUUUUGGAAGCAACUGGACUCUUUAAGAAAUUGUCCAAACUAAGGAAAAUAAACCUGACAAACAAUAAGAUCAAGGAGAUCCGUGAAGGCACAUUUGAUGGGGCAUCCGGGGUGCAGGAACUGAUUUUGACACAGAAUCAGCUGGAAUCUGUGCAUGGACGAAUGUUUAGGGGCCUCACAGGACUCAAGACAUUGAUGCUGCGGAACAACUUAAUCAGCUGUAUAAGCAAUGACACCUUUGCAGGGCUAAGCUCAGUGAGGUUACUCUCACUAUAUGACAAUCACAUCAGUACCCUCACACCAGGAGCCUUCAAUACACUUGUCUCUUUGUCCACAAUUAAUUUGCUGUCCAACCCUUUUAACUGUAACUGCCACCUGGCAUGGCUAGGAAAAUGGCUGAUGAGGAAGAGAGUUGUCAGUGGAAAUCCCCGUUGCCAGAAGCCUUUUUUCUUAAAAGAUAUUCCAAUUCAAGAUGUGGAUGCCAAGGACUUCACCUGUGACAGUAAUGAUGAAAGCAGCUGUCUCCUUUCUCCUCCUUGUCCUGCCCAGUGUACCUGCAUGGAUUCAGUGGUACGCUGCAGCAAUAAAGGUCUGAAGAUCCUGCCCAAAGGCAUCCCCAAGGAUGUGACUGAACUAUACCUGGAAGGAAAUCAUUUAACAGCUGUACCAAAGGGACUGUCCAGCUUCAGGCACCUCACACUGAUUGACUUGAGCAACAACAGCAUCAGCAUGUUGGCCAAUUACACCUUCAGCAACAUGACUCAGCUAUCAACACUGAUCUUGAGCUAUAACAGACUCCGGUGCAUUCCAGUCCAUGCAUUUAAUGGGCUCAAGUCUCUUCGAGUGCUAACUCUUCAUGGUAACGACAUUUCCAGCGUUCCAGAAGGUUCCUUCAAUGACCUUGUGUCCCUUUCACAUCUGGCUCUAGGUACCAACCCCUUGCACUGUGACUGCAGCCUGCGCUGGCUUUCUGAAUGGGUGAAAGCAGGGUACAAAGAGCCUGGGAUUGCACGCUGCAGUGGGCCAGACAACAUGGUAGACAGGCUGCUGCUUACCACACCAACCCACCACUUCCAGUGCAAAGGGCCAGUAGAUAUCAAUAUUGUUUCCAAGUGUAACCCUUGUCUGUCUGGUCCAUGUAAGAACAAUGGGACAUGCAAUAAUGAUCCAGUGGAGUUUUACCGGUGCACUUGCCCAUCCAGCUUCAAGGGUCGAGACUGCAGUAUGCCCAUUAAUGCCUGCAUUCAGAAUCCAUGCCAGAAUGGAGGGACUUGCCAUCUCACUGAGACAAAUAAAGAUGGAUUCAGCUGUUCUUGUCCUCUGGGAUAUGAGGGGGAGAGAUGUGAAGUAAACCCAGAUGACUGCGAAGAUAAUGAUUGUGAAAACAACUCUACAUGUGUGGAUGGGAUCAACAACUAUGUCUGUCUCUGCCUGCCGAACUACACAGGUGAGCUUUGUGAUGAGGUGAUUAACCAUUGUGUUCCUGAGCUAAACUCUUGUCAGCAUGAGUCCAAAUGUCUCUCCCUUGCCAGAGGAUUCAGAUGUGAAUGCCUACCAGGCUAUAGUGGCAAACACUGUGAAACUGAUGAUGAUGACUGUGUGGGCCAUAAAUGUCGCCAUGGUGCUGUGUGUGUAGAUGCAGUCAAUGGCUACACCUGUGUCUGUCCCCAGGGAUUCAGUGGACUCUUCUGUGAAAAUCCUCCGCCAAUGGUUCUGCUGCAGACCAGCCCUUGUGAUAACUAUGAAUGCCAGAAUGGGGCUCAGUGCAUUGUUGUGCACAAUGAGCCAGCCUGCCGCUGCCUGGCUGGUUUUGCUGGCCAGAAGUGUGAAAAACUCAUCACCGUCAAUUUUGUUGGGAAAGACUCCUACGUUGAGCUGCCAUCAGCCAAAAUCCGUCCUCAGGCAAACAUCUCCCUCCAGGUAGCAACAGAUAAAGACAAUGGCAUCCUGUUAUACAAAGGUGACAAUGAUCCUUUGGCUUUGGAGUUAUACCAAGGACAUGUGAGGCUUAUCUAUGACACAGUGAACUCUCCACCUACUACAGUAUACAGUGUGGAAACAGUAAAUGAUGGGCAGUUUCACAGCGUGGAGCUGGUAAUGCUGAACCAGACUCUGAACUUGGUUGUGGAUAAAGGAACCCCCAGAAGUCUUGGCAAACUGCUGAAACAACCCUCAGUCAACCUCAACACCCCUCUCUACAUUGGAGGGAUCCCAACAUCUACAGGGCUGUCUUCAUUGCACCAUGGACCUGAUAGGAUGCCAAAUGGCUUUCAUGGAUGUAUCCACGAUGUCCGAAUUAAUAAUGAGCUGCAGGAUUUUAAGGAUCUACCACAGCAGUCAUUAGGAGUCCUUCCUGGCUGCAAAUCCUGUAACAUCUGCAAGCAUGGCAUCUGCCGGUCUCUAGAGAAGACAAGUGUUAUCUGUGAAUGCCACCCAGGCUGGACAGGUCCACUCUGUGACCAAGAAAUUGGAGACCCCUGCCUUAACAACAAGUGUCUUCAUGGCAAAUGCACAGCCACCAACUUUGCUUACACAUGUAAGUGUACAGAGGGUUACUCUGGCAUGUACUGCGACAAGAAGAACAACUCCUCAAACCCCUGCAGAAUUCUGAAAUGCAACCACGGGCAGUGUAAAUUUUCAGAACGUGGGGAACCUUACUGCGAGUGUGAUCCUAACUAUAGUGGAGAGCACUGUGACAGAGAGAAUCUAUGCCAAGGUGAGAUCAUUAGAGAGGUAAUCCAUAAGGAGCAAGGCUACACAUCAUGCGUUACUACCUCUAAAGUGCCCCGCAUGGAAUGUCAUGGCACCUGUAGUAAUGGCCAGUGUUGCGUUCCCCUCCGGAGCAAAAGGCGAAAAUACAUCUUUCAGUGUGCAGAUGGAUCCUCCUUCAUGGAAGAAUUGGAGAGACAUGUGGAAUGUGGUUGUUCAAAAUGCUUAUAAGCCAUUUUUUGGUCUCUUGCCACUUUAAUCGACUCAGAAGUGAUAUCAAAAUGGGACCUAUUUACUUGCAGAGUGAAGAAGAAGAAAAGAAUAUUAAGUAUAUUGUAAAAUAAACAAAAAAUAGAACUUAUUUUUAUUAUGGAAAGUGACUAUUUUCAUCUUUUAUUAUAUAAAGUAUCACACCGUUUUGGGUAUAUGUAUCAUAUAGUGAGUUAUUUUUACCAUGAAUCUUUUUUAACAGUUGUAAAAAAAAA